AUGCUUAGUGCGGGUUCAGAUGAUGCGGAUGGUGCUGGUCUCGGUGAAAGCAGUGGGGCCUACAUUGUAAGAAUACCCUUUGGUCGUCGGGACAAGUAUCUUCCAAAAGAACUAUUGUGGCCUCAUGUUCAGGAAUUUGUCAAUGGAGCAUUGGAUGCUGGUGAUGUGGCCGCUCUCCUUUCGGGUGCAUUAAAUGUCCCAAUGGUUUUAACGGGACACUCAUUGGGCAGAAACAAGCUAGAACAACUUCUAAAGCAAGGAAGACAAUCAAAAGAGGAUAUUAAUUCAAAAUAUCGGAUUAUGAGAAGGAUAGAAGCCGAAGAGCUUUCUUUAGAUACUGCAGAGAUUGUUAUCACGAGCACUAAGCAGGAAAUUGAAGAACAAUGGGGUCUAUAUGAUGGAUUUGACGUAAAGGUCGAGAAAGUUUUGAGGGCGCAUGCAAGACGUGGGGUCAACUGCCAUGGUUGGUUUAUGCCUAGGAUGGCGGCACUAAACAAUGGAUUUCUUGUUGACCCUCAUGAUCAGCAAGCAAUAGCUGAUGCACUGCUGAAGCUAGUGUCGGAAAAGAACUUGUGGAAUGAGUGCAGAAGGAAUGGCUUGAAGAACAUACAUCUGUUUUCAUGGCCUGAACAUUGCCGAACGUACUUGACAAGGGUUGCAUCAUGUCGGAUGAGGCACCUGCACUGGCAAACUGAUACCUCAGCAGACGAUCUGGCAACAGAAGAAUCCCUGAAUGAUUCACUUAAAGACGUGCAAGAUAUGUCUAAGGCUAUCCAUUGA